UCACAGCUCCACCUUAAGUACACUCCAGGGUCUAAUAAGGAAACCAAGAAAUCUGGGUGCUUCACUGCGGAACAGAGGUUUUGUAUAUCAGUACAACAAUUUAAUGAGCUGAGAAGGAACCUUACAGAUACUGUGAACGAACGGUCCACUUCACAAGCAAGAUGAUCGCUAUGCUACUGUUGCUUACGAUUGGACUAGUUUCCGGCAGGACUCUUUGUCCAGACGGGACAGAAUGUCAGGAGAGAAAUACCUGCUGCCCAACUAAAACAGGAUAUGCAUGCUGCCAUUACCCAUCUGCUGUCUGCUGUUCAGACAAAGCCCACUGCUGUCCACAAGGCUACCGGUGUGACCUAAACAGUAGGCUGUGUGAAAAGCAAGAGGUCCCAUGGUACAGACUUCUUUCUUCCCCUCAGAUACCUGCACAGGAGAACAGUGUUCCUGCUCCUCUGGGGAAAUCUAACGAUCCUGCUGUCUCUGUGGUUUACUGUGAUAAUUACUACACCUGCACUGAUGGUACAACAUGCUGCAGGACUCCCUAUGGGCAGUGGACUUGCUGCAUAUACAAUGUGGGUCAGUGCUGUCCUGAUGGCAUCCACUGCUGUCCCUUCGGUUAUCGCUGUGACAGCACGUCCACCCAAUGUUUUAGAGGAGCACUGAGAUUUCCUGCUGCUCCAAGGAUCCCUGCCAUGAAGAGCGACAGCAUGCAGAUACCUGAACAGAAAGAAGAGAACAGAGUUCCUGCUCCUCUGGGGGAAUCUAACGAUCCUGCUGUCUCUGUGGUUUACUGUGAUAAUUACUACACCUGCCCUGAUGGUACAACAUGCUGCAGGACUCCCUAUGGGCAGUGGACUUGCUGCAUAUACAAUGUGGGUCAGUGCUGUCCUGAUGGCAUCCACUGCUGUCCCUUCGGUUAUCGCUGUGACAGCACGUCCACCCAAUGUUUUAGAGGAGCACUGAGAUUUCCUGCUGCUCCAAGGAUCCCUGCCAUGAAGAGCGACAGCUUGCAGAUACCUGAACAGAAAGAAGAGAACAGAGUUCCUGCUCCUCUGGGGGAAUCUAACGAUCCUGCAGUCUCUGUGGUUUACUGUGAUAAUUACUACACCUGCCCUGAUGGUACAACAUGCUGCAGGACUCCCUAUGGGCAGUGGACUUGCUGCAUAUACAACGUGGGUCAGUGCUGUCCUGAUGGCAUCCACUGCUGUCCCUUCGGUUAUCGCUGUGACAGCACGUCCACCCAAUGUUUUAGAGGAGCACUGAGAUUUCCUGCUGCUCCAAGGAUCCCUGCCAUGAAGAGCGACAGCUUGCAGAUACCUGAACAGAAAGAAGAGAACAGAGUUCCUGCUCCUCUGGGGGAAUCUAACGAUCCUGCAGUCUCUGUGGUUUACUGUGAUAAUUACUACACCUGCCCUGAUGGUACAACAUGCUGCAGGACUCCCUAUGGGCAGUGGACUUGCUGCAUAUACAACGUGGGUCAGUGCUGUCCUGAUGGCAUCCACUGCUGUCCCUUCGGUUAUCGCUGUGACAGCACGUCCACCCAAUGUUUUAGAGGAGCACUGAGAUUUCCUGCUGCUCCAAGGAUCCCUGCCAUGAAGAGCGACAGCUUGCAGAUACCUGAACAGGAAGAAGAGAACAGUGUUCCUGCUCCUCUGGGGGAAUCUAACGAUCCUGCAGUCUCUGUGGUUUACUGUGAUAAUUACUACACCUGCCCUGAUGGUACAACAUGCUGCAGGACUCCCUAUGGGCAGUGGACUUGCUGCAUAUACAAUGUGGGUCAGUGCUGUCCUGAUGGCAUCCACUGCUGUCCCUUCGGUUAUCGCUGUGACAGCACGUCCACCCAGUGUUUUAGAGGAGCACUGAGAUUUCCUGCUGCUCCAAGGAUCCCUGCCAUGAAGAGCGACAGCAUGCAGGAUCACUGCUGUCAGAGCGAGAAGGGCUGCUGUCCCAUCGGGUUUCGCUGUGAUGAGGCGAGCAAAGCCUGCUUAAGUAACUUUGAUAUUCUUUGAACAGAAGGCAAAAUCUAGAAAAGAGCAACAGUCAUUUGUACUCUAUUUGCCCAAUUUUUUGCAAGCCUAUCUUGAGUGUCAUGGUUAGAAUUUUUUUUGUUAUGCCUCAAUAAACAAGCUAUUGCACUGGAUUUUUAAAACAUUUUCAUUUUGAACAAGAAAUAAAUAAAUUCCAAAUAAAUUCAUCUUAAAGCAAACUCAAA